AUGCGCGCGCGCGCGAUCCAUCGCUACGUCGCGAGCGCGACGGUGGACGGUCGGGAGGAGGCGUUCGCGGACGUCGUGGGAGCGCUGGUGACGAUGCGGGCGUCGUUCGUGACGUUCGUGGACGAUCGAGCGUCGAUGGAUCGAGCGUUGGAGACGACGGCGCGCGCGGCGGCGCGGACGGGACGGGCGGCGGACGCGACGGCGCUGCACGGUGAUCUCGCGCCGCACGCGCGCGAGCGUGCGUUGAACGAUUGGAACGCGAGGCGGUACGUGGAAGACGGUGAUGUGGGGGUGUUGGUGACCACGGACGCGUGCGCGCCGAGGCGGGCGCGAGGCGAAAGAGCGGCGCGCGUGAAAGCGCUCGUGCACUACGACUCUCCGAGAGACGCCUCGACGUAUCGCGCGCGGCUGACGAGCGCGUUCGCGGACGAUGCGUUGGAUGCGAUGGCGAACGAGGUCGGCGCCGACGCCGACGGGAGUCAUAGGGUUGUGAUUUCGCUCAUCGUCGGCCCGGCGGAGGCGACGCGCUUCGUCGACGUCAGCAAAGAGCUCAAUCUCGACGCGUCGGAUCUCUCGCUCGACGUCCUUCGGCCGCUGAAUCCCGCGAUAGAAUGUAAAGUAUAG